AUGGGAUUUGGCUUAAAGAAGUGUGCUAAAGCUAGUUUCAAGAGAGGUAAGCUGGCCUCAUCUGGAAACUUAGCAAUAGAUGAAGACACAGCCAUACAAGAGUUGAACCAGGAAGAAGUAUACAAAUAUCUGGGUGUAGAUGAAAGCGAUGGUAUCCAGGAAAGCAAAAUGAAAGAGAAGAUAAGAAAAUAAUAAGAUUGAUACUAAGAACUGAGCUCAACGGAAAAAACAAAAUAGAAGCUAUCAAUAGUCUUGCAGUCCCAGUUGUGCAAUAUAGUUUUGGCACCAUUGACUGGAAAUCUCAGAACUAAAGAAGAUUGACAAAAAAAACACGCAAACUGUUGAACAUGCACAAUAAGUUACAUCCUGAAGUAGAUGUGGAAAGGCUGUAUAUACCGAGAAAAGAUGGAGGAGGGGGCCUGACCGAGGUAGAAACAGCAUUAAAAACAGCAACAAUAGGGCUCCAUCACUAUCUGAAGCAUAAAGAAGGGCAAUACCCUAAGCAGGUGCUUGAACAUGAAAGACCUUAAGCCAAAAAUUCGAUAACCAAGAAUGCCAAUAAGUUUGAGAGGGAAGUACCAGAACUAGAGUUUGAGAACAGAGAAGAUAAAUCAGCCUCAGAAAAUGCUUUAGUCGUAAAACACAUGAUCAAGUCCAGGAUGAAAUAAAUGAAAGAAGAAAAGGGGAAAAAUAAAGCAUUGCAUGGCCAAUACCCAAAGAUCCUAGAAAUGCAUCAUGUAGAUACAGUGACCACCAACAAAUGACUAUUAAGUAACCUGAAAGGAGAAGAGAGGCUACUAGUAGCAGCUCAAGACCAUGCAAUAAACACCAGAAACUACCAAAAGUGA